GUACCUUUUGAGAGUCACAAACUGCUGGAACCAAGUUCCUUGUGUGUGUCAACACACUUGGCCAAAAAAUCUGAUUCUGAUUCUGAGGAAACAGAAAAGGCUUCUCCAGCCAAGGUUUCUGUUAAUUCAGCUCUUGUGCUUCCUCAUAUAUGAUGGCAUCUCUGCUUAUCUUAUUUCCUCUUUUAAUUUUUAAGUCCCACCAUGAGAACUCACUGUUAUUAGGUCUGAACUGCUCAGGCUUCAGUAUCCCCCUGAAUCCUGUCUCCUCAGUAACAUGGGCUACAUCUGAAACAAAAAAUCUAACGACAUGGAUAGAGUGGGAUCUUCAUUAAGUACUUCUUCAUGGGAUGCUGAGGAGUCACCACUUUCUUUGUCAGUUUGCAUAAACUCAAGUGAUGUCCUGUGAUGAAGCGCUUCAUUUCCAUGAAUUUCUGUGAAUUCUUGCUCUAUAGAAUUUUAACAAAAAUGUACAUUGUAUACAUAUUAAUAGCUUAAUUAUGCAAUGCAGAUGCUUCAUAAGCUCAAACUUGAUCUUGAAAAAAUACAUUACAAGCAAAUAAUAAAAAAUUAUUUGUUUUGUUUUUUAGAUAUUAAACAUUUAUAUUCAUGCACACACAGAUCAGUGACAUUUAAAUCUCUUAUUCAUAACUCAAUCCCAUGCUAUCGUGUUAAAAUCAGAUGAGGUAUAGAGAAUUAACCGCAUUUCUUCUUUUUUUUAACUAUGCCAAAACCACAGAGUGUUUUCUUGUUACAUUGGAAAAACACAACACAAUUGAGGGUUAAAAAAUCUGCUUCGUUGUCUGCAAUGUUUCCUGUGUGUGUUAAAGCAGGCUGAAAGAGACAAGGCAACAUAUUUAUAUUAAAUAUUGUUUAAUUAAACAUUAAUCUGGAUAGAAUGUAUGGCCUGAAAUAAACCUUCACAUGCACAUUUGAACACUAUCUAAUAAAUAUAUAUGCAGUUUUGAAAUCCACAGUCUUUCCUGCACUGAAAUUGAUGUUUGCUAAUGUGGUAAAUUCUAGCAUUGUGAAUUGAAUAUGUAUAUAUAAUGAUAUAGCUUUAAUAAAGACAGGACUUCCUUAAUAAAAACAGGACUUGUCAAAUACAAAUCUUGUCACUGUCCUCUAAGCGUCAUUUACUGUAUGCCUUCAUAUGGGAAGUAAAAGGCACGAUAUUAAGGAAGAGUUGGCCAGAACACUCAUCGGUAAGCUGAUUGCACCAGUUAGUUGAUCUACAUCCUGAAUCCUGAAAAGAGCAAGAAUUCACAUUGGAAAUGAAGCGCUUCAUCACAGGACAUCACUUGAGUUUAUGCAGACUGACAAGGAAAGUGGUGACUCCUCAGCAUCCCAUGAUGAAGUACUUAAUGAAGAAGAUCCCACCCUACCCAAGUCCAGUUAAAUUUUGUGUUUCAGAUGUGGCCCAUGUUACUGAGGAGACAGGAUUCAGGGGGAUACUGAAGUCUGAGCAGUUCAGACCUCCUAACAGUGAGUUCUCAUGGUGGGACUUAAAAAUUAAUAAAGAGGAGAUAAGAGCAGCAGAGAAGCGAUAUGUGAAGAAGAACUUCUCAAACACGGCACAAGAUCUGAAUGAACAGAAGCCGUUCCUGGAGAAGUUUACCACAUCACCUCUCUUCAAACUAAAAAAAUCCCGCUACGGCAAUUAUCGCUUUACGUUUCCCCUCACUGAUCUGAUGCAGUGGUACAAAGAACAGAACUGUGGAGGAGAAGAGCCAGUUCUCAGGAUGUACGAGACCAUCACCUACAAACAGAAGAUUGUGUACGCUGUCCUGAUUCACAGUCCUGAGGAUAACGAGCGUUUUGGUGAAUAUCCGCUUCUUGAAGCGAGUGAGUGGGUUCGUUAUCAGGAUGGGAAGAUCAUCUGGAAAGCACAAGCCAUUUGUGAAACCCAUCGGUAUCAGUUGGUUUCAGGAGAAGUACAAAGGCUGAAUACUCAUCUGUUUUAUGUCUGGGAUCAGGUUAGUUUAGUCUUUCACUUGCCAAAACCUAAGGCCCUGAAAAUCCCCACAGAACGACUUAUAGAAGCUCUUGAGGCCUGUAAACUUGACAAAAUAGAUCUUUCCAGGUGCCAAAGCCAAAAAAGCAAAAAGGAGCGCUUCUUGAAAGCAAAGAUAAAUGUGAGUGAGUUGAAAAAGAAUAUGAAAUGAUGACAUAAAAUACAAAUAAACCCAUAAUUGUUAAUCAUUUGAAGCAGCAGUUAAAUAAGAAAGAGGAUGAAGAUCAAACAAAACUGUGCUAAUUAAUAGAAAUGACAAAAUACCACUAAGGAGGUUGAUCGUGUCGUAUUUUUAUAGAAUUGGUGAUGCUACAAUGUUAAAUGUUCGUAUCUAAUUUUAAAAAAAAUAGUAAAAUAGCACAAAAUAACACAAUAUCUUCAAUAUCAAUAUCUCAUUAUAAAUAUCAAAAUAAUGUUUUUAACAUAUUUUUAUUCCAAAAUUAACUAUUUAAACAUGUGGUUUUUAAUGUAUUUGAUAUGAAAUGUUGACUUUUUUAAUAUAUUUAAUAUAUGUUAAUAGAUAGGAGAACUGUUUAAAAAUUGUUUUGGAUCAUGAAUAAAAAU